GGCCCGGCCAAUUGUCGCGGAACCGUUGUCGUACCUAUACUGCAACCGUGGUAUCAUAUUAUAACUGUUGUGUGUUUGUUUUGCGCGUAACCGGUUUACCCGUUCGAGUCCCGUACCAGAGAUCGAUAAAAGGCCGUUUGUUUUUUUUUUCUCCAUAUAUACUGUACACUUUGGAUUUAAUCCGAUUUCCCGCGGCGUUUACGAUCGAUUAUCAUAAUAAUUACACGUCCGAAAACCACCACUGCCGCGAAUCCACGUCAGAUCAACAUCGCGACGAAUUUCCUUAACCUGUCUACGUCGUCGCACCGUUGCCCCCCUAACUGAUUUUGAAUACAGAAUACCGAAGUCAAAAUGAAUAACAACAAUAUGGGAAAAUUAUCUUUGGUAGCAGUUACGAUUUUGGUGGCUACUGUGGCCGCAUAUCCAAGCAAACCGUCUUUCCUCGGGUGCCAGAGCUCAGAAGACUGCGGCAUGGACGAAUGUUGCGUUUUAGGUAUGAUGCGAUACAGCGUGCCCACUUGCAGGCCGCUGGGCGAAGAGGGCGAUACGUGCAGACCGCACUCUGGCGACGUCCAACCCCAGAACAUCACCGUCACCUACCCCGACGGAUCGUCUGCCGAUCUGUACGUGCACACGAUGCUGUGUCCGUGUGCUUCUGGACUUGAGUGCUCGGAUGGUAUGUCGUGCACAGGGCUGGACGGGGCUGGCAAGCUGAUGUUGCGCGAGGACUACACGGACGUGGAUGACCUCAACCACCUGCGACGAUAAGCACAGCCACAUGGCGAUAUCCCCGUCGCUUAUCUAUUAUUAUUUUAUUAUUAUUAUUAUUAUUAUUAUUAAUUAUUAUUUCAUUGCUAUAUUAUUGUUUUCACCACUGGUGGAACACCAAAUACGAUUACUGUAAUAAUAUCACUGUUAUAAUUUAUACGUGCCCACUAUUUUUAUAAUACCACAUCUAAUAUUAUAUUAUUAUAAUACACGACUACACGAGUCCUAGGUAUACUAUACUGCAGUGCAAUUGACACGUAUAGGUACACACUCCGCUGCAGAUCGUCCGACAAAUCGUUUGGAAAAGUUCCAUCCAGAUUUUUACUUUCAAUAUUUACCGAGUUAAUCAUAUUAUUUGUCAUCAUUUUUCUGAUACACUUAUUUAUAUCCACCUUAGCUUUUAAAAAUUUUCAUUUUGAUUUUGUAAGAAAAAUAACAUUAACAGAAGCUCUAAGAAAACGAUUUUUUAAUUUCAGUUUAAAAAUGAAUGUUAAAAUAAGUCUUAUGUGUGGGUCUUGUCUUAUGACUCAAAACCGAUCCGGUCGGGGGAGGGCAUAACGGUCAUGUCCACCAUGGUCGGUAUUUCUUUACCUACACAACUCCUCCGAAUGAGAGGAUUGCACGGCUAUAAUUUAGCCUCGUGGCAUAAUUCAUAAACAUUAUUAUAAUAAUUAUCAUUAUAUUAAUAUUAUGUUUUCCAAUCGUUUUCAUUAAACAUAUCAUCACUCCAAGAGUUGGUAUCGAUUGAAAUUCACUUUGCGUGUACCUACAAUACUUUAAACGCUAACAUGCUCAAACGAAUCGUAAAAAAUCUCCCGCAGUAUCGAUACCAUAAUGAUAUUUAUUACUACAGGCUAUAAUAAUAUUAUUGUUGUAAUAGUGUUGCGCCACGUGUAACCGGAAGCGGUAAUCGUAAUAUAUCGUAAUUACAAUAUUAUAUACGUGUGCGCACUUCAACGCGUAUUUAGACGAUAGAACGAUACAAUAAUAGUAUAAUAUUAUAUACAUAAUUAUACGUGUCACGUGAACACUAAACGUGCGGUAGAACCCGUCACCGUAUACGGUGGCACGUUUUGAUAAUUGGACGGGUGCGUCAAACGACAAAUUCAUAUAAACAAUAUCAUAUUAUUUAUAAUAUUAUAUCAUCGUAUAGGUAUCCCAUAUUAUAAUAGGUACGCGUAAAAAAAAAAAAAUAAUAAAUUGUACACCAUUUCACCAACACGACGCGCGCAUAACAUUAUUAUCAUAUUGUAGUUUUUCCGUAAUGGGAUCAUAUUAUUAUUAUUGAUAAUAUGAUUCCAGUCGCGUUUACCUGUAAUUUGUAGUGCCAUGAACGUAUUCCGCUGAUGUGCGCACACCUAUAAGUCUAUAGCAAUAGAAGUAUACGGUGUAGUAGGUAUAUAUUUUAUAAUUAAUGUUACAGUGUUUAAAGCAUAAUAUUAUUGUCGUGCGCCCGAUCGGCGUACAACACACGCACUGCAGAAAUGCAUGCAGUCGCAUCAUUGUCGGU